AUGUCCGCCCUCGCACCGCUCAAGCCAUGCGCCGCGCGCCACUCGCCGUCGCUAGGCCAAUCGAGCGCCGCGUGUGUGGCAAGCGCCCCGACCGCGCAGCACGGCGGCGCAGCGAGCCAUGCGGGAGACGCACGGGUGGAACGGGCGCGCGAGCAGCUGUGGGUGGUGGGGGAGGCGGAGGAGUGCGCGGGGAGUGAGGAGGGGGAGCGGGCUGCGAGCGAGUGUGUGGGCACGUGCCCCGACAUGUGCCCUGCGAGGGAGCGCGCGGCGCGCGAGCGGCUGAGGGACCUGGCGGUGUUCGAGCGGCGGCGCGACGACCCCUCCACCACGUCGCCGCUGCUCGCCGUUAAGAAGUUCUCCCGCACCCUGGGUGCUGGCGGUGUGGCCGUGCCGCGUGACGAGAUCCGCCCGCCCGCAGUGCUGAUGCGCGCACUGGCGCACCUCGUGCGCAUCGUGGGGGGGGAGGGGACUGGCGCAGGCCACGGCGGAUGGCGGGGCGCGGAGCGCGGGGCGGUGGUGCUGGGCGAGGGGCGCAUGAGCGAGGGCGUGUACGAGUUUGUGAGCGACCGCCUGCGCGGCAUGCGGCAGGACAUGGCCAUGCAACGCAUCCACGGCGCACAGGCCGUGCAGCUGCUCGCUCCCAUGGUUCGCUUCCAUGCAGCAGCAGCAUACGAGCUCGCCACGGCCCCUCCCCAGGCAGUCCCUGCAGCCGCGCGAGAGGCAGGGAGCGCUGCUGCCAGCACGGCAGGCAGGGGUGGCAGUGGCAGUGGCAGCAGUGCAGCGUGGAGGGGGAAGCGUGGGGGCAGAGGCGAGGGGGUGGCAUCAGGCGCGUCGUCGACGCCCUCACCAUCAGCGGUGCAUCGGUUUGACGCGCAUCUGAACCUGAAGCACCUGGCGGAGGCCCUGCGCAGCCUGCUCUUCGCCUUCUCCACGUGCCACCACCACGCCGCCUCUGCCCAUGCACGUGCGCCACCCUCCAAUGCACAGUGCGGCAGCUCAGCAUCCGGCAGCAGCACCACUGCCACAAGCGGCAGCAGCGCCGUGUGCACGCGCACAGAAGCCGCCACGGACCAAGGUGGUGGGGUGGAGGGGAACGAGGUGGUGGAUAGCUGGGGCGAUGACUCGGGGUCAGUUGCAGAUGCGCAGGGCGUGAGGAGGGCAGCGAGAAGCGCAGCGUUGCAAGGGGCAGGAGCAGCAGCGGAGGCUGGUGGUGGAGGUGGUGGGGAGGAGGAGGAGGAGGAUGAGGAGGGAGAGUUCACGUCGCUGUAUGUGAUACUGCACAUGGCGCCUCACUCGCACAUGCCCACAUGCGAGUCCCUGGCGCCUAUGCUCUCCUCCCUGCGCCCCUCCCUCCUGCGCUCCCCUCACAUGCGCCUCGCCCUCUCCCUGCUGCGUUGCUACAGGACAAACAACGCCAUUCGCUUCUUCCGCCUGGUCAGGGAGCGAGCAACAUACCUUCAGGCGUGUCUGCUGCACUUUCACUUCACUGCGCUGCGCUCGGUGUUUCUCAAGGCAGUGCAUGCAGCAGGAUACCGCCACCACCCCAUCCCUCUGCACCGCCUUGUACCACUCCUCCUCUUGGAUUCAGAGCAGCAGCUGCAGGCCCUGUGUCGGCAGCUGGGCAUGCCCCUCACUCCUGUGGACGCCACCCCGCCCUCCCACGUGCCUGCCUCUGCCCCAUCAUCCCUCGCACCAGCCUCCCCCAUGGCCCUGGUGCCUCGGGAACCCCUGCACCUUGCAGUGUCAGCAGCGGCGGGGGAGGGCAGUGGCGGCAUGAUGCCGUGCAGUGCGGUGGAUGCUAAAAGAGUGGGCUUUCCCUUUGCCUCGCUCCCUGCUCCCAUGUAG